GGCAGGGCCUGGGCGCGCGGGGGCGCGCGACCGGCGAAGGGCAUCGCGGAGCCGCGUUGGCGCGCACGCGCCUGAGCGCGCGCCCGGUGGGGCGGGCCCGGGACUCGCCGCCCACACGCCCUUGGGCCGCGGCGGGGCGACCGCUCUCCCUUCCGCUCGCUCAGUCGGCGGAGCCGUCGUAUGUGCGGCAACAUCAUGUCUGCUCCUCUGCCUGCCAUCGUGCCUGCCGCCCGGAAGGCGACUGCUGCGGUGAUUUUCCUUCAUGGAUUGGGGGAUACCGGGCAUGGAUGGGCAGAAGCCUUUGCAGGUAUCAGAAGUUCACAUAUCAAAUAUAUCUGCCCGCAUGCGCCAGUUAAGCCUGUUACAUUAAAUAUGAAUAUGGCUAUGCCUUCUUGGUUUGAUAUUAUUGGGCUUUCCCCAGAUUCACAGGAGGAUGAACCUGGAAUUAAACAUGCAGCAGAAAGUAUAAAGGCUUUGAUAGAUCAAGAAGUGAAGAAUGGGAUUCCUUCUAACAGAAUUAUUUUGGGAGGAUUUUCUCAGGGAGGAGCUUUGUCUUUAUAUACUGCCCUGACCACCCAGCAGAAGCUGGCGGGCGUGACUGCACUCAGCUGCUGGCUUCCACUUCAGGCUUCGUUCCAGGGUCCUAUCAGUGGCGCUAACAGAGAUAUUUCUAUUCUCCAGUGCCAUGGAGAUUCCGACCCUUUAGUUCCCAUGACGUUUGGUUCUCUUACUGCUGAAAAACUAAAAACAUUGGUAAAUCCAGCUAAUGUAACCUUUAAAACCUAUCAAGGCAUGAUGCACAAUUCAUCUCACCAGGAAAUGAUGGAUGUCAAGCAAUUCAUUGACCAGCUCCUACCUCCAAUCGAUUGACAUCACUAAGAGGCCUUGGUAGAAGUACACCAGCAUCAUUGUAAUAGAGUAUAAACCUUUUCCCGUGCCCAAUCUCCAAACUUCUAAUGUUUGCAGUGUUAAAAUGUUUUGCAAAUACAUGCCAGUGACACAGACUAAAUAAUGUCUCCUCAUGGGAAAUUUAUGAUCUUUUAAAUUUCUAUACAUGUAUUCUUAUAAUAUGAUCCAAAAUAUUACUAGUAUUAAGGUGAAGCAGCCAGCUUCUUCUUUCUCAAAUGUAAUUCAGCAAAGUAAAAAAUACUACAGCCAGAUUUUUUAUUACAUCAUUUGAAAACUACUAGUAUGUUUAAUGAAAAUUUGUUCAGGUAUAAACAAGCAAUUAAGAUAUAAAUGAUUUAUGUGUGCUGUGACUUAGUCUAUGGAUUAAUUCCAAAAUUGCUUAGUCACCAUGCAGUGUCUGCAUUUUUAUAUGUGUAUUCCCAUAUACUUAAUGAUUGUAAUACACAGUAAGAAUGAGGUGGUAUUACAUUAUCCCUAAUAAUAGGGAUGAUGCUUUUUAAUGUCAGUGAAGAGUAAUAUGGCUCUCUUCAAUCAGUGGCCCUUUUAUUUUGGGACCAGGCUUUUCUUUUCCUUAAUAUUAUUUCUAUUUAAUAUUCUUUUCUC